AUGAUGAGGUCUCGUGUGGUGUCCUCCCUCAUUGUGGACAGAAUUCGUGCAAAACCAGAGCUGAAGCCAGUUGAGAUUAUACAACCCUGGUUUUAUCCUCUAGCUUUUGGAGUUGUUGAUUCUGAGACAGAGGAGAAUUGGACUUGGUUUCUUCAACAUUUGGCUUCUCUUUUGCUACCAAUGGGGACAGUGGUGACCUUUUUCUCGGAUCGCAAUCAAGGUUUGUUAAAUGCAAUGGGGUUUGUGUUUCCUGAAUGGCCUCAUUCUUACUGUUACUAUCAUCUCAAACAGAAUUUGAUAUCGAAGUACCUGAAAUCAGGUUAUGGGAAAUUGCUCCAAGACCGUGUUAUCAAUUUAUUUAGUAGAUGCGCAUAUGCUAUUACCGAGGAAGAGUUUACGGUAGCAAUGGAGGAGUUUGUGAUUGUUGGGAGUUCGAAAGUGAAGGCAUUUAUAUUUGAUUUGUCUAGAGAUCACUAUGCCAACGCAUAUUUCAAAGGAAUGCAGUAUGGGGAGAUGGCAAACAGUUUAGCUGAGUCAUUUAAUAAUUGGGUUGGUGUGUUUCAAGAUUUGCCGGUGCUACCUUUGAUAGAAGGGAUUCGACAUAAAUUGAUGGUAUUGAAUUCUCAACGACAAAUUGAAGCGGAGAAGUGGACAACAAUUUUGUGUCCGGAGAUGGAAACUAGACUGUGGGAAAAUGCGAAGGCUGGUAGGACUUGGGUAGUUCGUCGUUCUAGUUUUACUGUUUUUGAAGUAUUUGCUGAUUAUUCUGUGAUGGUUGAUCUUAAGCAAAGGACUUGUUCUUGCCAUCUUUGGCAAAUUGACGGUUUUCAUUGCACGCAUGCGGUGGCUGCAAUUCUAGCAAAGAAAGAUUCAGUUUAUGAUUACGUGGAGUGUUACUACAGGACUGACUUCUUUCUAAAAGCCUAUGAGAGUCAUAUUUUUCCUAUUCUAGAUAUUGGGAAAGGCUUGGGCAGCAACAGUUUGGCAGCUGGAGUUGUGCUUCUGCCAAUUACAAAUAGGCCAGCCGAAAGACCACCAACAAAGAGGAUCAAAGCUUUUGGUGAAUUUAAAAAGCCCUUGAAAUGCAGUCGAUGUAGUGUUACUAGGCAGAAUAGGAAGACUUGCAAGGCUGUGAUAUGA